GGCCCCUGGGAGGGUGCUGCUGCUCGGGCGAGCUGGCACCAGACGCAUGUUGACUCGGCUCUUCUCUCCCUGGCCUGUUACAGUGGCAUUGGCUUCGCGCUGUGCAAGCGGCUGCUGCAGGAGGACGCUGGGGUCCAGCUGUGCCUGGCCUGCAGGAACAUGCAGAAGGCCACCGCCACCAAGGCCAUGCUCUUAGCUGCCCACCCCUCCGCCCAGGUCAGCCUUGUGCACCUGGAUGUCAGCAGCCUGGAGUCCAUCCUGUGGGCAGCCAGCGAGAUCCAGCACAGGUUUCAGCACUUGGACUAUCUCUUCCUGAAUGCUGGGAUCAUGCCGAAUACCCAUGUUAACUUCAAAGCACUUAUCUCUGGUCUCUUCUCUGGGGAAGCAGUCCACAUGCUGAGUACAGCGGAGGGGCUGUUAACUCAAGAAGAUAGUGUCACUUCAGAUGGCCUACAGGAAGUGUUUGAAACCAACCUCUUUGGGCAUUUCAUACUGAUUCGGCAGCUUGAGCCUCUGCUAUGCCGUCUUGAAAAGCCCUCCCAGCUCAUCUGGACCUCUUCCAGCAAUGCCAGGAAGUCUGCUUUCAGUCUCAUGGACUACCAGCACAGCAAAGGCAAAGAGUCUUACAGUUCCUCCAAAUAUGCCACUGAUCUUGCUAGUGUAGCUCUGAACAAGCACUUUAACAAGCAGGGGCUGUAUUCCAGUGUAGUUUGUCCAGGUCUUGUGAUGACUAACCUGACUUAUGGAAUCCUGCCGUCUUUCUUUUGGAAGCUGCUUAUGCCCGUCAUGUGGAUAAUCCGUUUUUUCACCAACACUUACACGCUAACUCCAUACAAUGGUGCAGAAGCUCAGGUCUGGCUCGUCAGACAGAAGCCAGAGUCACUGGAUGCACUCACGAAAUAUCACAGCUGCACUUCACCACUGGGGGGGAACUAUGUGGAGUCCCGGAAGAUGGAUGUGGAUGAAGAAAUUGCUGAGAGAUUUUAUCAAAAGCUGUUAGAACUGGAGAAGCAAGUCCUAGCAAGAUUGACUGUUCCUUUGAGUCCCAAAUAACAAAUCUAGACCGUGCCUCCAAGGGCAAAUCUUUCUGGCACUAGUGACAAUGGAGUUCCUUCUAAGUGGGUACGAGGCAUUUGCAGUGUCGGCUUUUCUGGAAUCAUGUGGCUUUGUAGCCUCUCCUCUUCUGCGUAGGCCCUGUCUGCACUUACCAGGAGAGUGGGGCGGUGGGGGUUGAUUUUAGCUGCUCUAGGAAACACCUGCUAAAUUGACCACUGAUUGUGCUCCCAUUGACUGCAGUACUCCAGCAGAUUGAGAAGCAAAAGGAGAAUCAAUGGAGUUUCUCCCAUCAACCCCUUGCAGUGGAGACACCACAGUAACUUGAUCUAAGGUAUGUUGACUCCAGCUACACUAUUCAUGUAGCUGGAGUCGCAUACCUGGAGUCGCGUACCUUAGUUUGACAUUGCCCCCUAGUGUAGCCCUGGCCUCAGUCUGGGAAGGGUUAUUCUCCUGGAAUUGAAGAUGAGAGAGACACUGUAGUCCUGGAGUCCAGUACAAGACUGCUCUUUACACUCUAACACUUCCUAGUAUCCUGCCGAAAUCAGGCCUCCAGUCUGUGUAUGUCAUGGUCUUGGUAAUAAAGUGCAGUCGCCAAGAACCACUGA